UCCGUGGUGUCAUGGCGUCCUUCACUAGCAGAAGAAGCGAUUCUGAAUAACUAGACAGCUAGUUCCUUUGUUGUGGCAACAUAACACCUCGGAUCGCCUUCAUCCUCGAGGACCAUUAUAUACAACUCUAGAAACGAACAUGGGGACUGUCCACGCCAGGAGUCUAGAUCCCCUCCCGAUGCGCGGGCCCGAGCUGGGGGUUCAUGCCGAGGAUGUGGACGUGGUGGAAGUCGAGCCGGAGACCAAGCAAGAGAUUCUUGAAAACAAAGACGUUGUAGUGCAACAUGUGCACUUGGACGGACUCGGAAGAACAAAAGAAGACUUUCUGACGCAUGAAAUCUCGGACGUCUUCUCCGCCAAAAACCUUAUCGAUGUGAUGAAGAAGUCCCACGAGGCCCGGCAGAAGCUGCUCCGUCUGGGCAUCUUCAGACAGGUCGAGGUGCUCAUCGACACCUCUCAAGGUGAGGACGCCCUGCCCAACGGGCUGGACGUGACCUUCGAGGUGAGGGAGCUCAGGAGACUGACAGGAAGCUACAACACCAUGGUGGGAAACAACGAAGGGAGCAUGGUCCUGGGCAUCAAGCUGCCCAACUUCCUGGGCCGGGCAGAGAAGCUGACCUUCCAGUUCUCCUACGGCACGAAGGAGACGUCCUACGGCCUGUCCUUCUUCAAGCCUCAGCCCGGAAACUUUGACCGCAACUUUUCUCUCAAUCUGUACAAAGUGACCGGGCAGUUCCCAUGGAGCUCCCUAAGAGAGACAGACCGCGGGGUCUCCACAGAUAUUAAUUUCCCGAUAUGGAGGACCAAUCACACGCUGAAGUGGGAGGGGGUGUGGCGGGAGCUGGCCUGCCUGGGGCGGACCGCGUCGUUCGCCGUCCGAGAGGAGAGUGGCCACUCCCUGAAGUCCUCCCUGUCGCACGCCAUGGUGAUUGACACCAGGAACUCCGCCAUCUUCCCCCGGAGAGGUGCCUUGCUGAAGAUAAACCAGGAAUUGGCCGGCUACACAGGGGGCGACGCCAGCUUCCUAAAAGAAGACGUUGAGCUCCAGCUGAACAAACGUCUCCUGUGGGACUCGGUCCUUUCGGUCUCUUUGUGGGGUGGCGUGCUUUUGCCAAUCGGAGACAAGUCCACCAGCAUCGCCGACAGGUUCUAUCUGGGCGGCCCCACCACUGUGAGGGGCUUCAGCAUGUACAGCAUCGGCCCGCAGAGUGAAGGUGACUACCUGGGCGGGGAGGCCUAUUGGGCGGGCGGGGUGCACCUCUACACCCCCCUGCCCUUCCGCCCGGGACGCGGUGGAUUCGGCGACCUCUUCAGGACGCAUUUCUUCCUCAAUGCUGGCAACCUGUGUAACCUGAAUUACGGUGAGGGGCCGCAGGCACACCUGCGGAAGUUGGCGGAGUGCAUCCGCUGGUCAUACGGAGCGGGGAUCUUACUGCGCCUGGGCAACAUCGCCCGACUGGAGCUCAACUACUGCAUUCCCAUGGGAGUCCAGAGUGGAGACAGGAUAUGUGACGGCAUUCAGUUUGGUGCAGGAAUCCGCUUCCUGUGAUGUCAUCAGCAACCCAGCCCUAACAGAGAAUUGUGGGAAAUGAAUUUUUUUUUUUUUUUUUUUUUUAAACACGCUUCUUUUAUAUAUUGUAAUGAGUGGAACACUCCCAGAGGGGCAAUGCACGCACCUGGCCCUCAAGGGUCAAUCACUGUCCCCCUGUGGUUUUGGCUUAGCCCCCACCCCUCUAUGUACUUUGAACAAAUCAUGUACGCCCUUGUGUUUGAAACCAGCCAAUCAGACGACUCGUGCGGAGACCACAACCUCUGGUCCAGGCACUUUCUACCUCCGAUGGCCAGUACAUCAGCAUUGCACACAGAGCUGUAUUCCUAAAGCCAGGCGUUCUGACAGUCUGCCAGAACAACACUACACCUGCCAUCUCCAGACCCACAGCCUGACUGGACCAGUCGUGGGGAAUCCCACACACCCGUGUGCUCUUAUAAGUCUUUUUUGAAUGUUGUCUGAAUGCUUACGCACAUAAAUAAAUCUUUAUUUCCUCCCCCCUC